CGGCACAGUGCAAAAGUUGAGGGGAGAAGCCCUUGAUAAAUCAUGUUAUUUUGUUUGGUUCAAACAUUUCUAUAGAUAGUGUGUAGUAGGUAUAAUCAAGUGUUUUUAAUUGGUAAUGGAGGAAGCAGGAGAAGAAUCUGCAUCGGCAGCGAUGGAGCCAGUCAGUGACAACCCAGACAUUCAUGCAGAGCUCCCUGCCAGCACAGAGACGGUCGAGGUUAAUCCAAUGGCUCGCACAUCUAGCACAGAAUCAAGCCACACAACCACUGGAAACUUAGAUAGUGUAGAUCUUCUGUCUCCAGAUGUAGAAGAGGUGGAUAUCCUUGGGUCUGGGGUGGAGGAGGGAGACAACAAUUCAAUGAAAAUGAAAGAAGAAAUGCUUUCAGAGCAAGUUGACCAAGGACUGGACACUGCUAAUGAUGGUCCCUUGUCGGGGAAAUCAGCUCUUGCGCAGAGUAUGGAGGAGCUGUCCUUGGAUCAGUCUGCUGUUGAACCAGAGCCAGAACUGACAGAGGACCAGACUGCAGGGACAGAGAUAUCAGAAAACGACAAAGACUCUGCUCCAUCUCUUGCACAGUACUUUGCUCACUCCCAGGAUAAUUCUGGUGCCGAGUUUUUUGACUCUCUUCCUCCAACAAGUGCUGAUGAUAGCGGGUUCAUUCCAGAUACUUCAGAGAAAACCCAAGUUGAAAAUGGAGGAGAGGAUACUGUAAACACUGGAAAGUUGGAGUCUAGGGUUGGGAAGAGAGAACAAGUCCUUACAGAAAUAGGGGCUUCAAAAGAGGCAACACAUGAGGAGAAGCCUAAAGUAGACCAAGAAAUUCCUGGUGUUCCUUUGCCUGCUGUGCCACAAUCCACAUCAGUUGCUGCCACAACUGCAACAGAAAUAACAGUUGAUACCACAACUACCACAACACCCACAACAACAACAACAACACAGUUCCCUCUACCUACCACACCCCCUUUACCCCAGUUUGAACAGACCACCCCACCACUACCUAUGGCUGCUCCCACUGAUGACAUGUUUUCUGUUGGAAUGGAUAAUGUAGACAGGAGUUAUGAUGCAUGGAUUCCGUCAGAGGCUACAAGACAGGUGCUGAUAGCUAAGGUGACCAGUGCCCCGGGGACAUUCUUCCCCAGUGCAGAGCAGUUGACUUGCCCAGGACUGUUGUAUGAUGACUUGCAGGGUGAUCCAGUGAGGGACCUGGUAUACAGAUAUAUGGGUGAUGUAGAAGCCAGCAAGAGGCAGACUCUCACAGCAGACAGUGUGCCACCUAAUGAUGAGGGUCUCAGACAGCUUAUUAAAGCAGAGUGUCACCGUGCUGCCAUUGACCUGACUGGAAGGAUACUAAGAGAACACGGACAAGGCAUGGGAAGUGCUGGACAGAUUUCUAAUAAUACACCUUGGAGUUUGCAGAUAUGGUUUACACGUAUAGCUUUGAUGAUGAAGUUGAAGAUGUACAGUUUGGUGGAGUCUGAGCUUCAGGCAUUUGGAACCUUGGACAAACCUGAUCUGUACUACAAUUAUUAUCCAGAUGUAUAUAAAGGCAGAAAAGGUUCCAUGGUGCCUUUUGCUUUCCGUAUCAUCCAUGCAGAGGUUCCUCAGUUCCUUGGCAGGACCCAGGAAACCUUAGAUAGGUUGUAUUAUCUACAUGCAGUGACCACUAAGAUUUUAUCAAAUCUUGAGAGUGGACUAGAAGAGGAUGGAAGCAUGGUGGAACUGACCAAUGAAAGUAGACAAGCAUCUAGAGAAUUAUGGGAGAGCAGAGAGAUCCAGUUGCUAUAUGCUAUUGCCAAUUGCUUGCUUGGAAUUAAGGAUUACAUAGCUGCAUUAGAAGCUUACAGAUCCCUGCUAGUGAAGGAUAAGAAGAACAAAGUGGCCUUGCUCACAGGCUUGGGAAGAAUCCAUUUACAGAUGGGAGACAUACCCCAAGCUUCAGCAUACUUUAAACAAGUGGAAGACCAAGUUAGUUCAUCUGAUCCCCAAGGACAAAGUAGAGUACUAAUGAAUAGGGGAUUUAUGGCCCUAGCAGAGAGCAACUUUGAAUUGGGCCAGGACUGCUUUAAACAAGUGUCUGAUAUUGACCCAACCAAUGCUUUGGCUAUCAACAACAUGGCUGUGUGCUCAUUAUACACAGGAAAAUUAAAAGCUGCAAUUGCCAUCUUGGAAAACCUUCUCCAUAAAGACCCCAGCACCACAUUACAGGAGGGUGUUCUCUUCAAUCUUUGCACUCUUUAUGAACUGGAAUCCUCACAGGCUUUGCAAAAGAAACAGGCUUUAUUAGAACUUGUCAGUAAACACAAAGGAAAUGGAUUUAAUAUAGCUUCUCUGAAGAUGUAAACUGUCGUUUUAUAAGGUGCGAGUAUAUCAGUAUGAUGUAAGACUUCUGUGACAAAUAUUAUGGCGUUUAUUGUCUUGACCAAUUAUGUGUUAGUUUCAUUUGGCAUGGAAAGUAUUCCACUUGCAAUAUUACCAUUUCUUUAAAAAUAGUGGCAAUUUUGUGGUGCUAUCAUUUAAAUGAUUUCUUUUUGCUGUUGUAUGGGUCUCUUAAACUUCAUUCAGAUAAUGACAGAGUAAUCUUCAGUUAUCUUGUAAGUUAUGAUGCAUCUGUUUUGUUGUCAUCUUCAAAGCAUUAAAUUGAAGAAAGGCAAAACAAAAGAAAUGAGAUUGAAUGGAACAACAUUUAUUUUUAACUUCAAUAAUACAUAAUGUCUUAAUUAUCAAAUCUUGAAAGUUGGAACUAUGGCAAUGAUUUGUAAGAUAUCACUUAUCAAAGGGUCUGUAAAUUGAGUAAUAAUAUAAAAUGUUGUGCUAAUGUUCCAGUAAUAAGAAACUACCUUUAAGGUAAAUAAUGAAAAUAAAACAAAUUAAAAUCUCAAUUAAAAUGUUGUCUUCUGUAUAAUACUCAUUUGUAGAGUAGAAUGGGGCUGGUUGUGACAGGUGGGUUGUAAUGGACCAGAUCAAUUCUACUACGGCACAAUAGUUAACCGCGAUUAUACAAGAGAGCAUUGCGCGAUCCCAGAGGUCAUUGCGUUGCUCCCUUAGAAGCAUUGUCUGCAAUGAUGGCAGAAUUUUUGUUCAAUGUUAAAGAACUGAAAAGUGCCUAUGAUGAGGCCAGGUAAUUUGAACUUUCGUCUGAAUCGGACGGGGGGAAAAAGAUUUGGAGAAUGCUGCUCAGUUCAGGGAGUGUGCCGAUCAUGACGGGGGCACAGGGGACACUGCUAGUGCGAGAAAGCCCCAGAAACAUAGAGCCGAGGAUGACAAUUUGUAGGAGGGUGAGAACAACGAAGACGAUAAGCCACCACUUAACAAAGGCAGGGCAGAUUUCCUGGAUAACUUGGGAAAAGGCUUAGUUAAUGAUGAACAUUUGGC